AUGGAUCCUCUGCCGGAUAUAUAUCCCUUGACAAGCUUGCAGAUAGGGGACAUGCAGUCUUACAUCUCCCGGGCGUUCCUCUACUUUGCGCCGGUGAGCAAGAAGGUGUUGAUUCUGGUGGACAACCAGCCAUGGAUGACCGGCAAGCAGUCCAGAUCCGCAAGGCUAUGGCAGUUCAUGAUCACAAAGUACAGGAUGUCUCCCUUCGUGAAUUCGAGGAGUGGCACCGACACGGCGGCGAUGGCGAUGGCGAUGGCGAGCUCGUGCACAGAGAAAAGAAAAAUAACGGCGGCGAUGCGAAGGUGGCUGGCGGUGGCGAACUCGACCCCGGCGCUGCUCCACGGGUUCCUGGUGUUCGAGGUGUCAUGGCGGGACGUGCACGGCAUCAACUACUACAACGACCUGCUCACCGACACGUCCCUCGCCCUGGAGGCGCGCUACCUCAACAAGUGGGAGUUUUACAGCGCCGAGCAGGCCGCCGGGUGCGCGUCUGAGUGGUUCCUCGGCCUCGCCUCCGAGACGCACUCCCUCCGAGGGUACCUCCUCCACUAUCACCACCACCAUCAUCGCCCUCGUCCUCGCCAUCAUCGCUCCUCCUCCGCGGCAGCCGCCGGAGAAGAGGAACACGCUCGCGACGACGUUAUGAAUACGAUGGCGGCCAGCAGCAGCGGCGACGAGAGGUGCACGCCCACGUUGAGGAGGAGGAUGAGCUGGCGGAGCAGGGCUAGGAGGAGGAAUCUACAACUACAGCAGCAGGACACCGAUGGCGAUGGCGAGGAGGAGGCGGUGGAGGCUCCCACGCAGAUGCAGAUGCAGAUGCAGCACUAUAGGUACAGCGACACCCUGCUCCUGUUCCGGUCCCGGGACGCGGCGCUGCCGUUCAAGCUCCGGCAGAUCAUCACGUCGGACAUCCGGCUGCUCACGCUGCUCGAGUCUGGGCUGCCGUCGUGGGUCAUCUUCCUGCAGUCGUACCCGGUGCUGUGCCACAUGUACCGGCCCUGGAUGCGGCCCCUGGCGCGGAGCCUCUACGUCAUGGCCUCCCUCGUCACCGUCAUCAUCGGCUUCUACGACCUGUACAAGAACGUGCCGCUGCUCAAGUCGGCGGCGGCGCGCAUCUGCGGCCCGCUCUUCGAGUGGAUCGAGACGUGGGACAUGGUGACCCGCAUCCAGUACCUGGGCACCAUCCUCUUCCUCCGCAACCUGCGCAAGUUCAUGCAGGGGCUGCUCACGCUCCUGCACGCCGCCAGGGCGCUGCUCCGUGUUAUGCUCGCUCCAUUGGCCGACCUAGGCUUGUGCCAGCUGCUUGCCACACUGGGCCUCCUAGCCUCACACGCGUGGCGCCUGGUGGUGGACCUGGCAGAGGUGGUGUGGGCGCCGUUCGACGUCGUGCUAGACUGCGUCGCCGGAUUGGUCACGUCCUUGUGGCCGGUGCUCAAGGUGGUGGUGUUGCCGGCGAGGUUUGCGGUGGCGGUCGCAGCGUGCGCGGGGUCCGUGCUGUCCAACAGCUACAACUUCUUCAAGGACAUUUGGGAGACUCUGAGCAGCAUCUUCGAGCUCAACCACAUGUCGGAGGCGCAACAGAGCGCUUUCGACAUGACCACGCUCAAGACCUUGUGGAAUGACCUCUUCUCGCAGAUCUUCCGGGCCAUCAGGGGCAUCCUCAAUGGCAUCCUUGUCUUCUUCUACGCCUGCAACAGGCACAGGCUCAGCAUCUACAAUCACGCGCAGACAAGGCUGCGACAUAUGCUUCGUGUCACUAGAUUGGCGCCAAAACAACAUGAACCAUGCCACUGCAACUCCACCACCAAGCACCCAAACCAUGAGGUGUAA